AUGAAGCGACAGAGCCUCCAAGGUGAAAAGUUCCUGCCCCUGCUGUGCGCUGCCCCAAGGAGGUUGAGCUCGUCCUUCCAGCUCCGUCUCCUCCAGGUCACGCUCUGCUCUGAGAGCCACCGCAGCGAAGCCUGCCGGACUUUUCUAUGUAAGGAUUGUGUUUCUGUAGUGCUCUCUGUAAAGCCUCUCAAUGAAGAACUCAACCCUUCCGGUCCUUUUAACAAAGAUGUGUUCGUCUCCUGUGCAGACGAUGAGCUGCUGAUUGAGCGCAGCGUCCACAAAGGGAUGAUCAACCCCGGAGACGAGAAGCAGACGGUGGAGUACAAGAGCUUGAUCGCCAGCCUCGAGUACACCAUCCGGGUGCGCUGCGACGAACACUACUACGGUGUCAAGUGCAACAAAGUGUGCGUCCCCCGCGACGACUACUUCGGCCAUUACUUGUGCGACCAGUUGGGGAACAGAGGCUGCAUGGAGGGCUGGACGGGGCCGGACUGCAAAGCAGCCAUCUGCAAACAAGGCUGCAGCCUGGAGCACGGGACGUGCAGCAUCCCGGGGGAAUGCAAGUGUAACUACGGCUGGCAGGCUCCGCUCUGUGACGAGUGCUUGCCGUAUCCCGGCUGUGUUCACGGUACCUGCAACGAGCCGUGGCAGUGCACCUGUGAGAAGAACUGGGGAGGGCUGCUCUGCGACAAAGAUCUAAACUACUGCGGGACCAACCGGCCCUGUAAGAACGGAGGGACGUGUAUGAACACAGAGCCGGACGAGUAUAACUGCGCCUGUCCAGACGGCUACUCUGGCAAGAACUGCGAGAUCGCGGAGCACGCCUGUGUUUCAAACCCCUGUGCCAACAGAGGGACGUGCCAUGAAGUCCCAUCAGGCUUUGAGUGUCACUGUCCGGCAGGAUGGUCCGGGCCGACCUGUGCUAAAGACACGGAUGAAUGUGCCUCCAGCCCCUGCGCUGAGGGCGGAACCUGCAUGGACAUGGAGAACAGCUUUGAAUGCCUCUGCCCUCCACAGUGGACGGGCAAGACCUGCCAGAUCGACGUUAAUGAGUGUGAUGGGAAGUCUUGCCGCCAUGCUUACUCUUGCAAAAACUUGAUUGGUGGAUAUCACUGUGCCUGCUUUCAUGGAUGGGUUGGCCAGAACUGUGACAUCAAUGUGAACAGCUGCCAUGGUCAGUGUCAGAACGCAGGGACGUGCAAGGAGGUGGCCAGAGGCUACCAGUGUGUUUGCCAGACGGGAUUCGAGGGUCGGCACUGCGAGGUUCAGAGAAACCGCUGUGCCAGCAGUCCGUGUAAGAACGCCGGGCGCUGCCAGGCGCUGCUGGACGGGUUCAUGUGUGAAUGUCCACAAGGCUUCGCCGGUACAACCUGUGAGGUGCAGAAUGACCCCUGCAGCCCGAACCCAUGUCACAACAAGGCUCAGUGCCACGACCUCAUGGGAGAUUUCUACUGCAGCUGCCCCGACGAUUACGAGGGCAAAACCUGCUCAGAGCGCAAAGACCACUGCAAGACCAACCGGUGUCAAGUGAUUGACAGUUGCACAGUUGCCGUGGUAACCAAUGGCACCCAAAAGCGGGUGUGGCACAUCUCAUCCAAUGUGUGCGGUCCGCACGGACGCUGCAUCAGUCUGCCUGCCGGGAACUUCAGCUGCUCCUGUGAGCCGGGAUUCACUGGCACCUACUGCCACGAGAACAUUAACGACUGCGCGUCAUCCCCCUGUAAGAACGGAGGCACUUGCAUCGAUGGGAUCAACUUCUUCCAGUGUUUCUGCCCAGACGGCUGGGAGGGCAGGCUGUGUGAUGUUGAUGUGAACGAGUGCAACAGGAACCCCUGUCAGAAUGGAGCCCAAUGUGUCGAUCUGCUUAACGACUUCUACUGCAACUGUGUGGACAACUGGAAAGGCAAGACCUGCCACUCACGUGAGAGCCAGUGCGACUCCUCUACCUGCAGUAAUGGAGGGACGUGUUAUGACCACGGAGACUCCUUCCUGUGUAGCUGCCCCUCAGGCUGGGGUGGCAGCACCUGCAACACAGCCAAGAACAGCACAUGUGACUCGGGCCCAUGCGAGAACGGAGGGACGUGUGUCGGAGGGGUAGACGCCUUCACCUGCAUCUGCAAGGAUGGCUGGGAGGGACCCACCUGUGCACAGAAUGUCGACGACUGCAACCCACAUCCAUGCUAUAACGGCGGCAUCUGCGUCGACGGUGUGAACUGGUUUCGCUGCGAAUGCGCCCCGGGAUUCGCCGGACCGGACUGCCGCAUCAACAUCGAUGAGUGUCAGUCGUCUCCUUGUGCCGAAGGUUCAACCUGCAUGGAUGAAAUAAACGGCUACCGCUGUGUUUGUUCUCCAGGAUACGCUGGACCUCGCUGUCAGAAGUUCAUCGGACUCGGGAAGCCGUGUCGUCACGCCGGCUUGCAGUUUCCUCACGGCAGCCGGUGGGAGGAGGAGUGUAACGCCUGCCAGUGUGUCAACGGAAACGUUCGCUGCUCCAAGGUGCGCUGCGGUCGUCGGCCCUGCCUCCUCCCGAAGGCUCUCCCUCCUCCGGACGCAAGCGCUCCCUCUUGCCACGGAGGUCACGAGUGUGUGGAGCAUCAGUUCCUCACCUGCUUCUCGCCGCCCUGCCACCAGUGGGGCGUGUGUUCGACGCCCGACCCCCCAACACCCCUGCACACCCAGUGCGAGCCCAACAGUGGUUACCUUGACAACAGCUGCGCUCGCAUCACGCUCAUCUUCAAGAAGGACAAAGUGCCGCCGGGCACCACUGUAGAGAACAUCUGCUCCGAGCUGAGGUACCUCCCUGUAACUCAGACGCUGGCCGAGGAGCGAGCGCUGCUCAUCCUCUGUGACCUGUCCUACCCCAACAGUGACGCCGUGGAGGUCGCCAUGUCCUUUGAGCAGGACGGCCGGUCGAAGGACGGUGAUCGAGGACAGAUCCAGAAGGCAGCCAGCGCCAUCAUCAGUGCGCUCUCCAAACGCCACAACAGCACCGUCAUGUUGGCCGUGGUGGAGGUCAAAGUUGAGACGCCGGUGGACCCGCCGUCUGUCGGUUAUCUGGUCCCGGUGCUGUGCGUCGUCUUCAGCGUCCUCUGGAUCUUCUGCAUCGUUGUUUGCAUUUGGUGGACCCGCAAGAGGAAGAAAGAGCGCGAGAGAGCGGCCCGAUCCGAGGACAUCACGGUCAACAACUAUCUGGAGCCGCUGCGGAGCCAAGCCCUCAAGGACAACCGCGGCAAAGACAUUCAGUACGAAUGCAAGAAACUGAUGGCCCCCUCCGACAGGACGUGCGACGGGGCUGAGGGCGAGGAGGAAGAGGAGCAGGAGGGGGAGCAGGAGGAAGACGAGGAGCUGGGCAUGGGGGAGAAGUGUCCGCCGCAAAAGUGCCCCAUAGCGGGGGCACAGGACAGGGGACUGAUGGGUAAGGGAGGGGUCAUCUGCACGUCACGCAGCGGCCCGGUCAAGGCGCCGCACCGGACGGCGUACAGCCCCAAAGACAACCGGUGUAAAAACCUGAAUGCCGCCAAGCUCAGCGAGGACAUUAAAGACCACUAUGUAUGAACACGUGCGAAGAGGAGCGACCUUCCUCAAUCUACGAAAGAAACUGCAAUGUCUUCAACGUCACUGACUUUUCAACUCUUAAAAGCACCAAAAGUGAAGAUUACAGAUGCUUUAAUUUUCUAUUUGUGUUUGUCACACCUUAUUUACCUUGUUGGUCUGCAGCAUGGAGGCUUAUUUUACCAAAAACAAACAAAAAAAAUACAAUACAGAAAAACAAAACAAAAAAAAAAAGACAUGAAGAAGAAACUUUCUGGUUUUCUCGUCACACUGUUGGAAUCAAGAAGAAGUUUCUUUUACACACUUGUUGCUGUUUUCCACUUCAGAACUAACGCUUUCCUUUCUGUUUCUUUCAUCCUGGGAAUCUUUACGAUCAUCGGCCGGCAGCUGUUAACCUCCUUUCUACUGUUUUUGGUGCGUUCGGCUCCCGUCUGCCUUAGCCCCCAAACCUGCGGGCCUUUUCUACUCCUGAGAUCGUGUCUUUUUAUAAAACAAAACAACAAAAAAAAAGAUUUUAUAUACAUUUAAGUCCUUGAAAGUUGGCACAGAGAAUCCACUGUAUGAUACCUGGCAUCAGCAUUUCUUUGUUUACAUUCAUUAACAUCUUUUCCAUUUUGUGUUGAGGCUCAAAGGUUCGUACGUAUAUCCUUUUAAAUAAUUAUGUCACCGCUUCCUGCGAGUCUACUUGAUGAUUUUUCAUUUGCUUUGGUAGAAAAGUGCCUUCAGCCCUUGUUGUGUUCUCCUUUUCUCUCCUCAUAUAGAGUUUAUGCAGAAUUUAAAUACAUAUAAAAGGGAAAGAUGUCCUAGUAACAACUCUUCAUACCGCAGUAACGUUUAGUUUUUUUCUUUUGUACAUAUGUAAAUAUGAAGAAAUGGCUGUGUAUAUUUGAAUUUAGUAACUUAAGUGAUGCUUUGUAUGAUAGUUAUUCUAAAGACUGUUUUCGUGGUUGUUUUUUUAAUGAUGUCAUUCCGUUUCUUAGUGUCUGUUGACGCUACGACAGGUUUUCUACAGAUGUUCGGACUGUGUCCAGGGUCCCACUGAAUCAUGAGAAUUGGUUUCAAAAAAGAAAACAGAUGAUGAUUGUUUGUCGCUAUGUGUUGUUGUUAUUUGUUACAGCUUUUAAGAAAAUACAGAGUUUGGAGAGCCAUUUGUUAGACCUGUCAAUCAUUGUGAGAGGUUGUUGACGUAGGAACAACAGUCCUGGUCAUUUUAAUGGAGGCUUCUUUUUUUAACCCCUUUUCACCUGCAAAAUUCACCUUUCUAUCACCGCUAUUUAAGUUUAAAGUUAUUUUACCAUGUCCUUCUACACCUACAAGUCCUUCCAGUCUUAGGGGCCACCCUACUAGCUGAAAACAACCUCCUAAAACCAUUUCAUUUUUAUUAAAUGGUUUGAGUGUCCCAGUGUGCAAAUUAUGUUUUAGAUCCACUUGACGCUCACAAAUCACAGGCCGACCCUCCAAAAAGCUAACUAAAUAUAAUGGAUUUCAAUGCUUUUUAUUUUAUUUUGUAAGAGUUAAGUUAAAAAAUGAGUCCACUAGCAAUUAUCUUCCAAAUACUCUUAUUUCCACAUUUCAUGCUGCGGUUUCACGUCCUGCUGGCUGUAUGUAUGUAUGUAGAUAAUAGAAACACCCUGUUAGCGUCCCGGUCCAGAGCAACAGAGCAUCAGUGCACAGGCAGGGAGCUCCAGGCUCAACACACAUUCAAUCAUUUACUUUAUUUGUGCCUGAGCCCCCCCUCAUCGCUCCACAGUUCACUUUUACUUUGAAAUGAUGCUGCAGGUAGAAAACUGCAGUAAUUAAAGAAACUGGUUAAUUUCUGCAAAUAGUAUCAUGGAGAACUUUUAGCUAUUAAAGCUAUUAUUAUUUAAUGCACCCAAUGUGAAACACACUCAGCUAAUAUAUAUAUAUAUAUAUAUAUAUUGAGAUUUAUGGACACUCGUGGGAAGUAUCAGGCUGCAAAUUAAACAGAAAAAACAGAUUUUCUUUCAUAGUUUUUUGUCUAAUUUUUCAUCUCUUCUAAAUUUGAGUGACCAUCCGAUCAAAAGUUGUGAGGAGCUCUGCUGCCCGCUGCCUGAUCCAUUACUUGCUUUCCUUUAGGGACUCCAAAUAGCAAAAACAAUGCUGUACAGUAGCCCUGUGCUGCAGAGGAGCUCUUUAAACCAGCGCUGAUGCAUCUGAUUUAUAUUUUCUAAAGUUCGAAACACUUACGGGUCACAGGGUCCACACAACAUGAAUGCACUGCUGCCAGUCUCUCUCUUUAGCCUGCUCGUACUUCAGUUAUAAAUAUAAAUAUUUUACAGUGUGUUGACAGUGGAGAUGCCACGCAGGGCAGCAGGGUGUUUAGUGGGUAUGAAAACCCUUCUUGUGCUGCACCCCUCCCCCCUCCUGAAGUGCCCAAUUGCAUCACACUGAAUCCCCAUCAUAGACAAAUCAAAAGGUGUGUGUGGUUCUGAAUGGGAAUCUACUCGCAGUGGAUAAGUGUAAAUCCUAAAUGUGUUUCCGUGUUUGGCCCCGCCUCUCCUCGUGUCUGUAUUCUGGUCUAAUGAAGGGAACAAGUUGUAUUGUUGAUGUUGACUGUUGUGGUUGUUGUUCAGUGUUUGUAAAGAGUCUGUUUCUGCACUAAGAACACACGUUUAGUGAAAACUAUAAAGAGUCAAAUAUU